AUGGCAGGGCCAAAUUUGCACUUUGUUAGGCUUCUAGGUCAAGGUUCCUUUGGUUCGGUGAGUCUCUAUCAACGCAUACGCUACGACGGUGCUAUGAUCACCGUCGCCGUUAAAACGUCCGAUAGUCAACACGCCGAGGCUCUCGUGAGAGAGGUUCAAAUUCUGUCUGAAUUCAAAGGGUGUCCGAGAAUCGUCCAGUGCUACGAGACCAGAGUUGAAGCAAGUCUCAACCAACUAGGUUGCUUGGAGUACAAGAUUCCCUUGGAAUACGCUCCAGGAGGGAGCCUGAGUGGUUUCAUCAACAAAUUCAAAGACCAGAAGCUGCCUGAUCCUCUGAUCAGAGACUUUACACGUAUGCUUCUUCAAGGGCUAGCCACGAUUCACGCACACGGCUACGUUCACUGCGACCUCAAACCGGAGAACAUCCUCGUUUUCCCUAGAUACGUCUACAAGAACGGCGCGUGGAGUUCUUCUUUCGAGUUGAAGAUAUCUGAUUUUGGGCUGACGAGAAGGGAAGGAGACAGUAGCUGGUGGAACCUUAGUCGUCCGUUUGCGGGAACAUCGAUCUACAUGUGCCCGGACUCGGUUUCUUAUGGCGAGACAGGGAAAGAUCCUGACUUGUGGUCGUUGGGGUGCUGUGUGCUUGAGAUGUACACUGGAGAGGGUGCUGUGUGCUUGAGAUGUACACUGGAGAGGGACCUUGGUGUCAUAAGAACUACGAAGUAG